UAGGAAACCGGAGAGGCCUGGGGUUCCUGGCCAAGCCCCGGCAGCUUAAGCCAUUUACUCCGGGCAGCUCUGGCCGCCCGGACGUGGUGCGGUUUCCACCUCCGCUUUCCGUUCAUCCCCAGCGGAGUGCCUGUGUCCACUUCGUCUUCCGCCUCUCCAAAUGAAAAGUACUACUCAAGUCAUCGGUUGCUCGGCAAAGUGAUCUCGGUUUCAGUGCAUUUUUGGACCAGCUCCGACUUUGUUGUCUAUCUCAGGGAGCUGCAGAUAUUCUGACGAACUGGAUCGGCAGUUGGGUACUCCGAAUCCACGCCUCUCUUCAGGCAUGAGGCACGUGGUGGUGGAAAACACGCUCGAGUUGGACCAGCAGUUUGCUGGUCUAGACCUGAACCCUCCUGAUAACCAGAGUAAAGGAGGAAGUACAGCAAGCAAAGGGCGCUAUAUACCUCCUCACUUACGGAACAGAGAAGCAUCUAAAGGAUUCCAUGAUAAAGACAGUUCAGGGUGGAGUUGUAGUAAAGAUAAAGACGUAUAUAGCAGUUUUGGGUCUCGAGAUUCAAGAGGAAAAUCCAGUUACUACAGUGAUCGUGGAAGUGGAUCAAGGGGAAGGUUUGAUGAUCGUGGACGGAGUGACUAUGAUGGUAUUGGCAGUCGUGGUGACAGGACUGGUUUUGGCAAAUUUGAUCGCAGUGGACACAGUCGAUGGUGUGACAGAUCAGAUGAUGAUGAUUGGUCAAAACCACUUCCACCAAGUGAACGUUUGGAGCAGGAGCUGUUUUCUGGAGGAAACACUGGGAUUAAUUUUGAGAAAUACGAUGAUAUUCCAGUAGAGGCAACCGGCAAUAACUGUCCUCCACAUAUUGAAAGUUUCAGCGAUAUUGAAAUGGGAGAAAUUGUCAUGGGGAACAUUGAGCUUACUCGUUACACUCGCCCUACUCCAGUGCAAAAAUAUGCCAUUCCUAUUAUCAAAGAAAAAAGAGACUUGAUGGCUUGUGCCCAAACAGGGUCUGGAAAAACUGCAGCAUUUCUUUUGCCUAUAUUGAGUCAAAUUUAUACUGAUGGUCCAGGGGAGGCUUUGAAGGCUGUGAAGGAAACUGGGAGGUAUGGACGCCGUAAACAAUACCCAAUCUCCUUGGUUUUGGCCCCAACAAGAGAAUUGGCUGUACAGAUCUAUGAGGAAGCCAGAAAAUUUUCAUACAGAUCUAGAGUUCGUCCUUGUGUGGUUUAUGGUGGUGCUGAUAUUGGUCAGCAGAUUCGAGACUUAGAACGUGGAUGUCACUUGUUAGUUGCCACUCCAGGACGUUUAGUGGAUAUGAUGGAAAGAGGAAAAAUUGGAUUAGACUUCUGCAAAUACUUAGUGUUGGAUGAAGCUGAUAGGAUGCUAGAUAUGGGGUUUGAACCCCAGAUACGCCGUAUAGUUGAACAAGAUACUAUGCCACCAAAGGGUGUUCGCCACACCAUGAUGUUUAGUGCUACUUUUCCUAAGGAAAUACAGAUGCUUGCUCGUGAUUUUUUGGAUGAAUAUAUUUUCCUGGCUGUAGGCAGAGUUGGCUCUACCUCUGAGAACAUCACACAAAAAGUAGUUUGGGUGGAAGAGUCAGACAAACGGUCAUUUCUGCUUGAUCUGUUAAAUGCAACAGGGAGAGAUUCACUGACUUUAGUGUUUGUGGAGACCAAAAAAGGUGCUGAUUCUCUGGAGGAUUUCUUAUACCACGAAGGAUAUGCUUGUACUAGUAUCCAUGGAGACCGAUCACAGAGAGAUAGAGAGGAAGCCCUUCACCAGUUUCGAUCAGGAAAAAGCCCAAUUCUAGUGGCUACAGCUGUGGCUGCAAGAGGACUAGAUAUUUCAAAUGUGAAACAUGUUAUCAAUUUUGAUUUGCCAAGUGAUAUUGAAGAAUAUGUACAUCGGAUUGGCCGUACAGGACGUGUAGGAAACCUUGGCCUUGCCACCUCGUUUUUUAAUGAAAGAAAUAUAAAUAUUACGAAGGAUUUGUUGGAUCUUCUUGUUGAAGCUAAACAAGAAGUGCCGUCUUGGUUAGAAAAUAUGGCUUACGAACAUCACUAUAAGGGUAGCAGUCGUGGACGGUCUAAGAGUAGAUUUAGUGGAGGAUUUGGCGCCAGAGACUAUCGACAAAGUAGCGGUUCUAGCACUACAAGCUUUAGUAGUGGUCGUGUAAGCAGCAGCCGUAGUGGUGGAGGAGGUGGUCACAGCAGCAGCAGAGGAUAUGGUGGAGGUGGCUAUGGAAGCUUCUACAGUAGUGACAGCGGAUAUGGAGGAAAUUAUACCUCCCAGGGGGUUGACUGGUGGGGCAACUAAACCUGCUUUUCACUAAACAUCACCCUUUCAAAUGAGCUAAUAUGGAAACCACAUGUAACUUAGCCAGACUAUAUCGUGUAGCUUUAAGAACUUGCAGUACAUUACCAGCUGUGAUUCUCCUGAAAAUUCAUGGAAGAUCAAAGUCACAAGAAGAAAGAAACUAACAGCCCAUUCAGAAGUUGGUUCAAAGACUUAAUUACUCUAGAUUGGAUUAACUCCCAUCCUGCUUAUUUUCCAUCCCAAGCUGCGUUUAUAAUUUUGUGACUGAGAAUCAUUUGUUCAUAUACUGUAACUUGAACUUUUUAAACAACUUAUUAUUUUGAUGUCCUGUUGGCUCAGUAAUGCUCAAGAUACCAAUUGUUUUGACAAAAUAAAUUUCUGAACUUGGGCUAAAACCAAACCUUGGCACACAGGUGUGAUACAACUUAACAGGAAUUAUCAAUUUAUCAAUAAAUAGUAUAAGGUUAAAAAUAAUUUAGGCAGUAGCCUCUCGUUAGGAAUUUUUAAUACUUGCAGACUGGGGAGAAGAACAUCUUAAGCAAAACUAGUUUCUAAUAUGGCUAAAUGCAAUAUGUUAAAAGUUCUGACUUGCUCACUCUAUCCUGGAAAAGCACUUAGAAUCUUGUAGUUAUCAAAUCAUUUCAGUCAUGAUGAGGUGGCAUGUAUAAAAACUUCCAUGCAUUUUUCAAAGCACUCUUUAAAGUUAAUGCAAGUAACGACUGCAAUUCUUCUAAUAUUAUUAUAAGCUAGGCAAGUGUGGGCUACUAUUAUUGGGAAAGUUUAAAUGUUUGAUUUUAAAGUGUUUGGGAGGGGAUUUAUCUAACUAGAUUAUUUUAAUGCCUGCCAUAAAAAACUGAAAUGGUAGAAUGGCUUACCAUGGCAGUGACUUCUCCUUUUUAUGGGCCUGGUUGGAUUUUGGUCUGUAGGAUGCUAGUGUUGGUGUUCUUUGGUCAAGAGGAUACAAGCAGGGAGAAUUAUGCAGCAGGCUUUAUUUUAAUGCAGUUUCACAUUCUGUUUGAGCUGUGUUGAAAUGUUAAAAUGGCUUACACUUGUAGACUUUGUAAAUUAUAAUAAAUCCUUGAGAUCACACAAGUUGGAAAUAUGUACUAAACUGCACACGGUGUUCUUUCUUUAUAGUGCAGUUUUAGUCUUAGUUGUAUAGGUUUCCAUUGUACUUAUAGUCUGUGCUAAAUUUGGCCAAAGAUUAUCAUUCACCACUAAAAAUGCCUCUGCUACUUGGAAUUCUGUGCUGAUUUUAUGGCUAGAAAGCCGUAAUCUUUAUAAGCUAACCUUUAUGGUUGCAUAAGAAGGCAAAAUUUUCUUAAAAGUGCAAUAGAUUUUCAGGAGUAUUGUGCCUUGUUCUAAAACUUGAGGUGCAGUUGACAGUAUUAAGGUCAUUUGUUAUGGUGCUAUUUCAGUUAGUACAGGUUUAGACUCUUAAACACUUUGCCCAUAACUUUUUACAAAGUACUUAUUUGAUUGCACAUCCAGAGAAUUUUAUAUGUGUGUGUGUGUGUGUGUCUUGUGUGCGUGUCCUUAAACUUACAAUCUCAUUUUAUCUCUUGGAGAUUGUUGAAUGCAGCUUAAAAACUAGAUUCUAAAAUUUUAUUUGGGACCAUGGAAUGAUAGUUGUGAAGAAACUGUUUGCACAUGACAGAUUUUAGAUACUUUUGCUGCUACUUUGUGUGAUAUUUAUUGAACAUUCUGACAAAUAUUUAUUUUUGUAAGCCUAAAAGUGAUUCUUUGAAAGUUUAAAGAAACUUGACCAAAAGACAGUACAAAAAACACUGGCACUUAAAUGUCACCGUAUGUGAAAUAAUAUAUUUCGGGGUAGUGUGAGCGUUUAAUGUUGAGUCCUGUUAAACUUGAGUCAAAUUAAGCAGACCCAGCAUUGGUAGUGUAACUAGCUGUGACUUUCUGACAAAACUGGCACUUAACAUUAAAAUUUGCCAAGGUUUUGAUACACUUGUCUUUAAAUAUUGAUACACUUUUAAACACUGAUAGGAAAUGUCCACAUUCUCAAAGGUUUUGAGUUUUGUUUAGUUAGUGUGGGUGUUUUGUUUGGUUUUCACUGUCUGGCAUAUUUGCAAUCCUCAAACAUGUGGUUAUCUUUGUGUAUUUCCAUAAUUUGUGACUUUUACAUUCUUUUUUAUCAGCCAGUUAUAUAAGGAUUGGUUUAAACUUGCUGAGUGUAGUCAUUGAACCUCAAGUCACUGUAGGUUUAGUAGUUUUUUAUUGUAUUAGUUUUAGCUGCUAGCACUGCAUGUGCUGUGUUUAUUCUGAUUUUACUGAAAUAAAAGUUGAACACAA